CUCCUGUCUUUUCUCAGUUUUGCUGUUUUUGGACAUUCUUAGGAAAAUUCGAAAUGAGUCCCAAAGUAAAAAGUCUACAAUACCCCAACUUUCACAAUGGAAGAACAAGAACUUCCGAAUUCUAAACAAGAUUCAGAAAUUCAAAACUCAUCCAUCAUACGAACACACAAAGAUUUCUUAAAACUUUAUAGAAACUCAUCCCUCCUUGAUCUUCCUUUUCUCCAAUUAAUCUUUUAUGCUUAUAGGCAUCACAUUCACAAAACGAUCUGUCGAUCAAAUCAAUGAAUAACACCAAUCUUGUAAUCAUCUGGAUAUUAAUCAUUACCAUCAUCGUACCCAUCAAGUCGAAUAAAGGAACCGAUCGACCAACUAAUGUAGGCUUGGCAAACUAUUGCACCAUUCUUAGCAUCGAUGGUGGUGGUGUUCGUGGCCUCAUUCCUAGUACAAUCCUUGCAUUUCUUGAAUCCAAACUUCAGGAAAUAGAUGGACCAAAUGCGCGACUUGCAGAUUAUUUUGAUGUGAUUGCUGGAACGAGCACUGGAGGGUUGAUGACGACGAUGCUUACAGCUCCUGAUUAUAGAAAUCGUCCGCUUUAUGCUGCGAGAGACAUUAAUGGAUUCUACUUUCAACAUUCGCCGAAAAUAUUUCCUCAACUAAGCGAUGAUGAUGAUACGAUAAUUAGUGAAAAAUUUUCUACUCAACAUGAAGCAUGCGAUGGUCGAAUCAAGUUCCUGAACUCGGUAGCGGGGAUGUUUGGUGAGGUCGCCGGACCAAAGUACGACGGAAAAUACAUCCGAUCAUUAACCAAGACGCUAUUACGAAAUAUGACAAUUAAACAGACGCUAACAGACAUUGUUAUUCCUGCUUUCGAUAUCAAGCAUCUUCAACCUACCAUCUUCUCCACAGCUCAAGCAAAAGAAAUUGCCUGGAAAGAUGCGCAAUUAGCGGAUGUAUGCAUCAGCACUGCGGCAGCUCCGACGUAUUUUCCGCCGUAUUAUUUUGAGACGAGAGAUACCGAUGGAACCAAACACACUUUCGAUCUCAUCGAUGGUGGAGUUGCUGCAAACAAUCCGACGCAACUUGCCUUGACACAUAUACAUAAGGAAGUGUUGAUGGGGAAAUACAGAUUCGCGGGUGCAACUUCGAACCACGUUGAUGCCAAAAGGAUGCUUGUUCUUUCACUUGGAACCGGCAUGCAAAAAUUCACCGAAAGAUAUACAGCACAAAAGGCUGCAAGAUGGGGUUUGCUGAGGUGGAUUUUCGACAAUGGGUCCACCCCAAUUCUACAUAUUUACAGUGAUGCCAGCUCAGAUAUGGUUGAUAUCCACGUGUCAACUCUUUUUAGAGCCUUGAACGCCGAAAAGAAUUAUCUACGCAUUCAGGAAGAGAACUUGACAGGGGACCAAACAUCGGUGGAUAUUUCAACAAUGGAGAACAUGAAAGCUUUAGAAAAUAUCGGGAAAAAACUGUUGCAAAAAAACGUCUCAAGAUUAGACGUUGAAUCAGGCAAAUUCUUAGAGGUUAAAGGCGCGGGAACAAACGCUGAAGCUUUAACACAUUUCGCCAGACAACUUUGUGCAGAAAGAAAACGUCGCCGUUGUACAAAUUAAGGUUUCUUCCAUUCGUCUUUUUUUGUCUUUAUUCUACCAGAUCGAUCAAUCUUGUAACGUCUUUUUGUUUUAACAACUUAGGAUUCAUUAAUCAUUAAUCAUUAUAGAUUCAUUUUUUUUAUAUAUAAAAAUCAUCAUAUAACAUUCAAAUCACAUUCAUCAAUAAGCAAUAAUUGGUUUGAAUUAAGGACAAAAAUUUUUGUAUCACUGAAUUGCUAGAGUUGAGAACAUGUUUCCGGAAUCCUUUAAUUUUUUGUGGAAUUACUUGAACAUUCUGGCAAAUGCUUUCUUUUCUUGAUCCCUCCUAUCAGCAAUC